GGACUAUCGAAUACUAUCGAUAUUUUUCAUGAACUAUCGAUAGUAUUCGAUAGCUCUAGCCAUUCGAGAUUGAACACAAACAUAUACAGAAGAGUAACCUAACCAUAACCCUAUUUUAUGGUUGAUAUAAAAGAAAAACGUAAUAAAAACCGGGUAACGUGUAGUAAAAUAAGAGGAAAAGUUAAAAAGAACGUGGUCGUGGUUCGUGGUGUUAAAUAUUUUUUGGCGCCAUUUUCAAACAAACACAAUUUAGUAUAUAGUACAAUACAUGUUUUUUAAAUAUUUGUAACAAUGGAAAGAUUCUUGUUAAACAGAGGUAACAAUCAGAAUAAUGCUGAACCCCAACUGAGUACCUCAAAAGAAAGGUCUGAAUCCGAAGAUCCCCAAGGUGAAGAUGAAGUUUCUGUGAAUGUGAAGACUUCCAGAGAACAAACAACUUCUAAAACGAAAAGAAAGCGUGUGUCAGCUGUAUGGGACUAUUUCAAAGAUCUGGCGAUCGAAAAUUAGAUAAGCGGCAAGGAGUUACCCACUAUGGACGAAUGUGCCAUUAAAUAUCUAUGUGUUCCAGCGACCUCAGUAGAGAGCGAGAGAAGCUUUAGUGCUGCAGGGCAAGUCAUAUUGGAUAGGAGAUCCAGACUAAAACCAGCCAAUGUCGAUAAAUUAGUAUUUUUGCAUAAAAAUAACAGUUUGUAGAUGGCAGAAGGUAAAGGAUGU